CCAAAGCACAAGCACCGUGACAGGGUCCGGAUACACGUUCCGAGUCUCGUGUCUUUCCGAAGAGCGGACAGCCUUCUCCUCUCUUUCUCUUUCUUUCUCUCUUUCUCGCUUUCGGCAGCCCCCGUGCCCUCGGAGCGAGACACGGCACGUUGCGGGGGUGGAAGGAACUCGGGUCUACGUCCACGGGGACACUUGGAGUGCGCAACCUAAUGUCGGGACGUGUCGAAUUCCCUGGGGAUAGAAACAAGUGUCGCGGGCGUGUUAUCCCGCCGAACGGCGGCUAGUGAUCGUCGACGACGACGACAACACGGUGCUCGAACGCACCCGUUCGCGUAGGACGGUGGUCAGGAAUGCGAUCGCGGGGACACUGGACACGACGUGGUCUCGGCUCGCGUGGACGGUGGACGUCGUGGCGAAUUAAUCGCGAGGAUGGUGAUCGCUCGACAACGCGGCCUUAUCCGCUAGAUCUGACGGAGCACGACGGCGCCGGCAACGACGACGACGACGGGGUCGUUCGCGUGGCGAUAAUACGUGUCGUGAGUUCGCGACGCGCAACUUGCCGUCGGGAUAUCAGUGACCAAUCGAGCUUGGCCCGCGUGGAUUAACAGUGAGUCACCGUAUUCGGCGGUCAGUGAAAGGAGCUCGUGUAAGUAGCGAGACCAGGUUGCCGUGGAUCGCGUUGGGAUCCGUCGGUGACGCGCGCUCCGAAGAGUGAAGCAAACGAGGACCUGAAACGCAAGGAAUUCCCAGGCAGUAAGAGACCCCGAGAGCGGACAUACCUGAACUGAUCAUCAGUGAUUUAAAACAUUCUCGCGCCACGCUAGGGAACUAACGUCCAGGAACCAACAGAAUUGGUUCUCGCGGAGACGCCGACGGGCCCGCCGACGGCAGCCACGUUCGUCUCCAACCGCACUCGUGUUCCGAUAACGAGGAUGUAGACGUGGAGGGCUUGGAGGGUACGUCCCACGAGCCAACGUCGGUCUAUCUCGAGAAGCAGCUCGCUCGAGAAGCAGCGAGAAGCAGUCGCGGCAACGUCUUCAGCACAGGGCCGUCGCCCUCCGUGCCGAACAAGUGGACGGCCUCUUCGAGCACGGACUAUGUCUGCGGUUGCCAUCGGCCGUCGGUCUCAUCGUCGGUGUCGCGAGCACGGUGCCCGAACGACCAUCGGUCUGCCUUGAUCCUGGAGCAACAGGGUGGCAGCUUCCUGGCGCAGCACUUGGCCUUAGCAGCAGCGACCGCAGCAGCGACAGCAGCAGCAGCCGCAGCGACGGCGGCCGCCGGCAAGAUGCCGGAGAAGGAGGUCGCUUAUCAUCAGGAGGCAUUCUCGUUGUUGCCGCCGCCGCCACCGCCGCACCACCCGCACUCGGCCUUCUACGCGGCCUUCCAUCCGCACCCCCAUGCACCACCCCCGCCGACGUUCCACCCGCAUCAUGGGCCACCACCGCCGCCGCACCCGACGCACUCGGUGGCCGCGGCGGCGGCCGCCUGGGAGCAUCACGCAGCAGCAGCCGCGGCCUUCCACGCACCGCCACCUCACCCAUUGUCCGGCAGCACGACUGCGAUCGGAGCGGCUGGUAACGGCAGCGGCGGUGGCGGCGGUGGCGGCGGCAGCGGCGGCGCCGGCGGGGGUGGCAGCGGCGGCGCCGGCGGCGGAGGAGGGGGUGGUACCGUCGGCAACGGGACUUCCGGCGGAGAUUUCCUGCGCAGAAGUCAUCCCCUCUCGGAGCAUACGGCCCUGCAUCCCGCCUAUCGGCUCAACUACAUGGACCACCUUUACCACCAGCUUCAGGCCUCCACGCACAGUCCCAACGCCUCGUUACACGGACUGGGUGGUUUGGGGCCAGAGUACAUCCUGCACGCGGCAGGUCCUGCCAGCACCCUCGCGUCGUCCGAGUUCCCGUUCCCCAUCGAUGUCUCCGCAUCGUCGAGACUAGGCAGCCCGAGAGCCUCGACGAUCAGAGCGAGCCGGAAAAGGGCGUUGAGCAGUUCGCCGUACUCGGACAGGUUCGACAUCGACAACAUGAUCCGAUUCAGCCCCAACAGUCUGGCGUCGAUCGUGAAUGGUUCGCGGAGCAGCAGUGCGAGCGGCAGCUACGGACACCUCUCUGCAGCAAUGAGUCCAGCCUUAGGCAUGCAUCCCGGUAUGGCGCCGCACCUGCAGCAGCUACAGGCUCACCUUUUGAGGAGCGCGGCCGCGGUGGCACUCUUACCUCACACGCACUCCCUGCAGUCGCCAGUGCCUCCACCGCCGCCGCAUCCCCAUUCGCAGCCUCACGUUCACGGAUUGUCGCCGCACUCGCAGCUGUAUCCCGGUGUGCCGAAUCAUUCCACAUCGUCGGCGACUCUUGGUCCUCACGGGGCCGGAGUGCCACCGAAGAGCGAGAGCGCAGAAUCAUGUAGGAAAGCGUCAGAAUCGUCGACCCGUUCAGUGACGGCUGAAGCCGACACCUCUUCGAGACGGGCCUCCACUAAAGUGAAAAGGGAACCGGCGACGACGACCACCAACGCGACCACGACUACCGCUCCGCCAACUCAUCCUCAAGGUCUCAGUCCGAGCGAGGACCUCAGAGACGAGCCCGGCGAUUUCAUUGAGACGAAUUGCCAUUGGAGGGAAUGUGGUCUUGAGUUUCCUACACAGGACGAUCUCGUGAAGCAUAUCAACAACGAUCACAUACACGCCAACAAGAAGAGCUUUGUUUGCGGCUGGGAGGAAUGCUCGAGGGAGGAAAAACCCUUCAAGGCUCAGUACAUGCUUGUCGUGCACAUGAGAAGGCAUACUGGGGAAAAACCACACAAGUGUACAUUCGAGGGCUGCUUUAAGGCUUACUCGCGCUUGGAAAAUCUGAAGACUCAUCUCAGGUCUCACACUGGCGAGAAACCGUACACUUGCGAGUACCCGGGAUGCAGCAAAGCUUUUAGCAAUGCCAGCGAUAGAGCGAAGCAUCAGAACAGAACGCACUCCAAUGAGAAACCGUACGUCUGCAAAGCUCCUGGCUGCACUAAAAGGUAUACGGAUCCUUCGUCUCUGAGAAAACACGUCAAGACUGUUCACGGAGCGGAGUUCUACGCGAACAAGAAGCACAAGGGCGGCGGCGGUGACGGAGGAGGCAGCGACGAGGCCGGCACAGGCGGCCACAGUCCCAGCAGAAGCGAGGAUCUUCAUCCGAAGACACCGAGUCUAUCGAGUCCCAGCGUCAAGUCGGAGAGCGAGGCCAAUAGUCCACCUAGCAUGAUGCAGCAGCAAGGUAGCCCAUUGGUAGGCGGCUGCAACGACGAAGUCGCCGGGGUCGGCGCUCUGACUGGCGACGGGGUCGCUCUCGCUGAGGAGCCAUGGAACGAGGAGCCCGACGAUUUGGAUAUUGCUGAUCUUCCGGUAGCUCUACGUGCAAUGGUCGGUGGAAUGGAGUCGCAGCAACAGCAGCAGGCACCACCGCCAACAUCGAGAAACCGUCUGAAAGGUCGACUGAACGUCAAAGGCGUGCCAAACCUGCCGAUCGGCGUAGGGAACGUACGAGGUGUUCGCGGGGUCACACCUCAAGGCAAUAUCGGCGAUCUCAACAGAAGGAUCACCGACUUGAAGAUGGAGGGCGGCGGUGGCGGCGGUCAAACGCGACAGACCAGUCUGUCUGACCUGCAGUUGAGAUUGCAACCUCUCAGUGAGCCACGAAGGGACAGCAACAGCACCGAGAGCACUUCCUACGGAAGCAUGAGAUCCAUGGAUUUCGGCAGCAGAAGAAGCAGCCAAGCGAGCGCCGUCAGCGCCGUCAGAAUAGGUCCUGCGGGACCUGGAAGUUUCUACGAUCCGAUCAGUGCUGGCACGUCCAGAAGAAGCAGCCAAAUGAGUACCACUUCCGGCAGGAUGAAUCCGCCGAGUCACCUUCAAGGACCUUACUCAACAAGCAAUCUUGUCGUUCAGACGCAAAAUAUGUCCCUUCAGAGUAUUCAAGCGAUGCCAGGCGAUUGGAACAAUCCGAGCGGCCAUUGCACCCAACCAUCAGGUGACCGACGAAUGUCGGAACCUACUCGCAUCAAUCAGGCUCAACGAAACUCUCCUCCGAUUUCGCCUAGACCGAGAUCAGCACAGUUGCCUGAGCUUCAUCCUAAUCAGGAAGUGAUCCUGGAUGAGGUAGGCGAAGGUGAAAUGGUGGAGAACAAACUCGUUAUUCCUGAUGAAAUGAUGCAGUACUUGAAUCAGGUUCAAGCGGGUGGAAAUCAAAUCAACUAUCGCGGCAGUCCUCUGCCGCUCUGCCAAUCGCCAAUCUGUACAAAUUCCCUGCAUUAUCAGCGACAGAUGCAGCAGACGUGCAAUUACAGCCAACCUCAUCAGCCACACCAACAGAACUGCUAUCCCUCUCAGCAAUCCACUCAACAGCCCUGCUAUCCAAAUCCCGUCUCUUCGCCCUAUGGUCAAUGUCCGAAUUCACGCGCAACUCAACCACCGUCACAAUAUUGCCCACCGCCAAAUUAUGGAUCUCAAGUCAUCGGCCACGUGCCGGCGAGCCCAGCCUCCGGUCAGGUUAUGUCGCCGAGCUCUAAUUACGCCCCAGCUCAUUUGAGCGAUCAGCCACUUACGUCUCCCGCAGCAGGCGCUCUGGCGCCGCAGCAUGCGCCGCAAAACCUGCCGCAGAACUCCGCACAGCUCACCAGAAACUGCCCCCAGAAUCACACGCACCACACUUACUACCCGAGUUAUGGUUGUGCGGGUCAGAUGAACGCGAACUGUACCGGCAACACCACCGGUCAACCCAAUCACCAUUCCAGCCAGACCUGCGCGCCGUCUAAUCACGCCGUGCAGAUGAGGCUAACAACCAAUUGUCAGCAACUAUCGCCACACUGUACGCAACCAUCCGCGCCCAUGGCCGCUCCGUCGAAUAUGACCCACCCGAAUUCGCAGUGCAACCAGCCGCCUGGUCAAUGCACGAGGCCCAUAGUGACGUCCAACGGUCAGCUGCCCAACGUCCACUCCGCCCAACAACCCCCGGUGACGAACCAGUGUGGCGCAAUGUCACCGCAUUGCUCCCAGGUGAACCUCGUGAACCAACAGGGCAAGCCAAUAAACCCUAUGCCGAAUCUCCAAAACUGCCAACAGCAGGCCCAAGCGUCGCCCUGCUUGCAGAUCGCCAACUGCACGCACCCCAAUGGCGCGCAUCGUGCAGUGAACGACGGCGGCGCGUCUAAGAGAACGUCGCCGCAGCUUUGCAAUACUCAACAGACCAACUGCAGAAUGCAGCAGCCACACAAUCAGCAACAGCAGCAUCCAACGCAGCAGCAACAGCAGCAACAACAGCAACAGACUUGCACGCACAAUUGUCAAGCACGCACGAAUCCCCCGACUCAUCAGCAGUACAACUGCAACUGCCAAUGGGCGUAUGGCAACCAGUGCUAUCACGAUCAACACGGCGGACCAUUGCCAGAGAUACAGUGCAGAGACAUCAGUCAGUCGCAAGGCUCGCCAAUAAAGCUGCCACAAGGUAUGAGGCAGGAUUCUUAUCGUAGAACACUGGAGUACGUUCAGCAAUGUAGGAAUUGGUCCGGUAACUCGCAGACGCAUGAGACUAAUGUGUCCAGCUCGACGCAUCCGAUGUCGUUGCCACAACCGCUUCCAGCCAGCGCUAACAUGAUUGUUAACGACAUGACGUCCUCCCUCAGCUCUUUGCUGGAGGAGAACAGGUAUUUGCAGAUGAUCCAAUGACCGUUACGUACCUGUACAUGAUAAGAAGCGUCACGAAAAGCUCGUGUUGUCGUCCAUCGGCGAAGCGAUCGCUUCUGCGAUUCAUCACUCGACUCGUUGCCGUCGGCAACGUGAGUGUCACGUGUUCAACACGAAACUUAUGUUUCACAUGAGCCACAAGCGAAGGCACUUUCAAACCUGAAAAGCUCGAGAAAGGAAUUUAUGUAGUGUGAUAUAACGUAAGUCUCGUCAAGAUAAAAUUAACUUUUCACUUGGACACGGUGGCGAUCCGCUCGGCGCAGCAUUAGCACCGUUUCCAAAAAAAAAAAGAAAGUUCUUUAGUACGGUGAUCUGUUUAAGUUUAAUGAACGUUUAUAAAAUUGCGCGGGUAAAGUUUGUACAGUCACGACGGAUACAAAAGUGCCUUGAUUGUGAAUAGCGCGCAUUUUGGAGAAGUGCCACCGACUUAAGUUAUUACUCCGGAAAGUAUCAACUUACAACAUUAAGUACCUCGAAGAUUCGACUCGUAGUAAUUUAGAAUUUAGUCGUUAAGGGACGAAGGUGCUCUGCGCUCGACAGAACGAAACGCAGAAGAGCAUCGUAUAUCUCUUUUUUUUUACGAUAGAUUACGUAUCCCAUACGAUUUUAACAGAUCGCAGCGUUGGACGUGCGCUGAAUAUUUUUGAGAGAACUCUGUACUUUAAAUUAUUGUAGAUAUACCUUUGAUAUAGUAUAUUUUUUGUACAUCGGUCUCAUUAUAUGCGAAGUGUGCCAAUAUAGUAAUACACUGUCUUCUUAUCGUAGCUAAGCUCGACGAUGAGUAGUGUACUGGCGUACACUGUGAUAAAAACAAGAGAGAAGUAAAAAAUUCGAAACAAGAAAGGGAGAGAGAGAGAGAGUGAGAGAGAGGGGGAGGGAGAAGGAGAACAAAGCGCGCGUAAACGGUCGUUAGUCCGUAAAACAGCGGAAAUAGGGAAGUGUAGAAUGCGGGUGAUCCUCGAUGAAAACCCAGAAGAAGGUCAAUAUUAAGAUAGAGACGUGUAGAUAAAACUAAGACAGUUACGCAACUGUCGCUGAGAGAACAAGCGUAAUUGUUUGAGUAUGCGUGUGUAUGUGUGUAUGCACGUGUGUUUCUAGAUCGAGUGUCUUUCGUAGCGACUACUUUUGUAAAGAGACUUAAGAUAACAAGUUACACACAUGCACACACAAUCUCGCCGUGCGCGUGAAGUGGAUCGAAAUGUUCCAAUCGUGGUGGACAUUAACUAAAAAUUAAAUUGCGAUUUCUGUAUUGAAACCAGAGUUGAGAAUAAUUAAUUACUUUUUUCAUUAACUGUCCAGUUUAAUUAGCGAUUAAUAUAAGUCAAUUUAAUUAAAGACAUUUUAAUUAACCAUUGAUUUUGACAAACUUAAUAAAAUAUAGUUCAAUUGACUAUUGAUUUAAAGCUAUUCAAUUAAAUAUCAUUGAAUUGACAAUUGAUAUGAGCAAAAGUAACUAAAGGUUGUUUAAUUAACGAUUGAACUUAGUUGAUUUAGUCAAAGACUAUUUAGUUAAUGAUUGAUAUGAACAAAUUCAAUUGUAAUCGUUUUCAUCAACUAAAUGUGCCAACUAAAUGUGACACAUAACAAUCUCUGAAGUAUUGCAUACUAUACAUAUUUUCAAUAUACUUUCUCUUGGAGUAUUUAAUAUAUUCCUUCCGAAAUGAAUCUUUAUAGGCAAAAUUGCGUGUAACGUGCGAACGAUCAAAUGCACCUAACAAUUUUCUUUUCUGGCUUUCCAAACAGAAAUGCAGUAGAACUAAUAGCAUUUAUCAAUAGAACGGAAAAUGUCUUUCAAGAUCAUAAAUAAAUAUAUAAUAAUGCUAUAUGUAUAUUGAUAGUUAUACAAAUUCAGAAGUCAGUAUUGUUCAAUUUAUCAACAUGUAACGGUUAUUGGUUCUACUACAUCUUUGUCUAAAACUCCAGAAAAGAAAGCCAUUACAUGCAAAACGGCGCCUGAUCGUCCGCAUGUUUUUACGCGUGAUUCCAGGUAACCCAAUCUACAAAAGAAGAUUUUGCGCAGUGUCUGCUGCAGAUCUUCAGCAAUUUACUGGUAAAAGUACAAUAGGAUCUGAUGGCAGAGUUCAAUGUCGUCAGAUUCUGUCAGCAAAAUCUGUUAACACAACGCGAGCCAAAUGCGGACACAAGAGUUGUUAAUAAAACUUUGGUUAAAUUUGCCAAGUUCAAUACUUAACGACUUUCGUUCCAUUCGCUAAUAUCAAUUAAUUAAACGGUAUUCGAUUAAAUUUGCUCAUAUCAAUCGUUAAUUAAAGGUAACUUAAUUAAAUUAAAUUUACUGAAUUCAAUCGUUAGUAGAAUGACUUUUGAUUCACUUCAUUCAUGUCAAUCGUUAAUUGAAAAACGUCUUUAAUUAAAUUUGUUAAAAUCAAUCGUUAAUUAAAUUGAGUCUGCUCCAAUCAAUCACUAAUUAGUUGAAUUAGUUGAAAAAUAUUUGUUCAAAUCAAUUAUUUAAUUGAGAAAAAUUUUAAUGAUAUUUUGACAUCUCUAAUUGAAAUCAUAAAAAACCUGUUGUAAAAUAUUUAAACUAUUAAUUAAUUUAAAUUAACUUAAGACUAAAUUUCAAAGUUGCAUAAAGAAGGAUAUAAAAAAACCAGUUUCUGCUCAAAAAGAUAUAAGUAAAAGAAAUAAUAUUUUUUAUAGAUUUUGAUCUUCCCUGAGAAUACAAUAAACCCACACAACAUUAUGAUGUCUUAAAGACGUCUUAAAAAAUUUCUGACGUCUUAAAAAGACAUCUUUAUGACGUCUUUAAGACAUCUUUCUGGCAACGUCUUAAAGAUAUUUAAAAUAAGACGUCUUUUAGACAUCUUUUGGUAAUGUCAUAAAGAUGUCUUAAAUAAGACGUCUUUAAGACGUCUUUUAGAUGUGCGUGUUGUGUGGGAAGCUAUUAAAAAGUUUGGGGUGUUUUGGAAACACUGAAAAUUGAGCAAGAAAAUGUAUAAAAAUUCAGUUGAUAUAUAGAACUAUCACAAACCGCAUCCCAUUGAGUUUUAGGGACAGAGGAAGGAAAGGUAUUUUGUGUGUGUGUGUGUGUGUAAGGGAAAAUGUGUGUAGACAACUGUGUACAUGAGAAAGGGGGUUUGGGUAAGUUACAAUCAGAUUAAAGAGACUACCACACAAAUGUAUCCAGUGAGAUGGAAGGUGUGUUUGUAUUUGGAAAGAGGGGAUAAAGAGGAUUGUGUAUCUGUGUGUUUGUGGAGUAAAAGGUUGUGUGUGUGAGACUGAGUGAAGGAGGGAUUAGGUUUAAUUAGGUCGGAUUAUUAGAAAACUCCCUCAGGCCUUUACUUUAAAUCUUUUAACAAUGUUGCACGAUAGAAAGGCUGGACUUAUUUAAUUUUUUAUUACCUAAAUCAUAAAUCGUUUUAAACUACUGCGCUACUUAACAAAACAGCUAAACCGAUUUAAUUUCUCACUAGAUAAAUUCUGAAUUUUAUUAAACAUAUGUGGAAUUCUUAUUUGUGCUGCGACAUACACACAAACGAGAUAUGCAACCUCCUUGGUGCAUGUUGGUUAAUAUUACUUCCAGCGAUAGCAGUGCGCUUAGAAAAAUUGCUGUUAAAAAUUAAUACAAUAUUGCAUAUAAUAUAUGUGUAAGACAAGCUCAAUUUGAUAACGUGGGUGUAGAAAAAGAAUUUUCCCUUAAAUUGAUAAGAGAUACACACUUCAUGAUUAUGUAUGCAUAAUUAUUUCGCUUUAGCUGUUGUAUUUCAUCUCCACAAAUGCGAUGUCCGCUCUUUCCUAGAUUUCGAUCCACUGUACGCUGAUUCGCGAGAUUAGUCGACGUUGUACUGCGAGUAUUUUCAAGUGCCUUUGUAGCGAGCGUCGGCGGGCAACGGCGCGUCAAACGACCGAAACUGUUUUCUCUUUGUUACGCGAACGACUUUUGUAUGAAUUUUAUAAAAUUACGAUUGUGAAGCAUCUUGUGAAUAUUAUACAUAUCUACUGUAUGGAUAUUAUAUAAUAAUAAGACAUGAACACACACGAUAGCGGAAUAAAGACGUCCGAAUUGAAUCUCGCAUACAGAGAACUGUUUUUACACCCCUGAGAAAUUAUUUAUUAUUCAUAAGAAUAAGUCAUACAUCGAAUCUACAACAAUUUCACGUAGUUAUGUAAGUCGUACAUUAUUUGAAAGUAAAAAGAUCUUUUGACCUGCCAUUAAGUCGUGCUAUCUGAAAAUAAAAAAAUCGUUAGUCGUU